AUGGGGUUCCUUGAUGAUAUUAAAGCGUUCGUCCACUCAGUAACCACCAACGAUCACUAUGCUUCUUAUGAUUCCCCUUACAGGUCCCAAAAUAACGACGAUGACAGUUUGGCUGGUGCUUCAAUUGGAGCACAUCCAAAUGGUUCAGCAAUAAACUUGAAUGCUGACAUGAACGCAUCUAGACUGUCAUUGCAAGACUCUGCUGCCGGUGGCUUCUACAGACCAGGUUUGAGGUCAUCACAAAGUCAAUUAGGCCAAGACGUGCAGCUUCAGAAUUUCGAUGCUGAUGGAUUACCUCCCUUACCUUCAAUAGAUUCGUUGUGGGAUCGUAUUGAGCACUGGAUUGAUGAAGAAUACCCUGAAUUGGAUGACAAUUUGAACGAUGGUGUUACCUCGGCCGAUUUGAAUGAAUUUUUACGAGAUUUAAAGUGUGGUUCAAGGAGUCUACCUGAGGACUUUAGACAGUUUUACAAAAGGCACGAUGGUCAAUUGAGAGGCGGAAAACCAACAGGAUUGAUUAUGGGAUUGGUUUUAUUGGAUUUGGAGAGUAUUGUAGAGGAAAACAUUCUUUGGAACAAAGUCGCUGAAAGAAUUGAAAGACAACAAUACACGUCACAACAUCAGCAGAAACAAACUGAUGUGAAAGAAGGCAGUCUGCAGCAGCUUCAGAGACAAGGUGGCGGUACCUUUAUCACUAAUCAGAGGUCCAUUCCACCCAAUUCAAUCCAACCAAAUUACUACAACAGAGGAUGGGUAAUAUUGCUCAAGGACAACAUUGGAAACCAAGUUGCCAUGGAUUUGAAUCCAGGAACAAAUGGUACAUGGGGUCAAAUAAUUUUGUUUGGACGUGACUUUGAUACAAAGUUGGUUGUUGCUCGCAGUUUACAAGAGUUUAUUUUUGAGUUCACGACUGAUUUGGAAUCGGGAAAUUUCUUGAUUGAUUCUAGUGAGUACCAAGAAGAAUUGGGGUUCUUGUCGUCGGAUAGAGAUGGUGAUUUCGUGAUUGGUGACGAGGAUGAAAACCAAGGUGAGUUGAGCUUUUAUGACAGAGAUGGCAAGGAAUUUGGUAAAGAUGGAACCAGAGGCAGACCCAAUUACAUUGAAAUCUUGAAGAAGAGAGCUUUGAAAAAGUAUGGUUUGACCGAGAAUUUCCAAACUGCAUACCAACCACCAAAACCUAUUAAAAAAGUUCAUGAGUCAGGUAGGAACAGUCCAUACUUGACUCAAUCCAGAAGUGGUUCCAAUGUGAAUUUGAAAACACCAUUUUCGAAAAACAAUUCCGCAACGAGUUUGAAUGCAGUCCAGGGAAAGAAUAAACCGGCUGUAUCCAGUCCGUUGGUCAAUCUUGACAAUAAUUCGAGCUCAUUCACUAUACCCAAGGAAACUAUAAUUGAUGGUAAGCUGAAGACAGAGCAAUCGAAGGUUGAAGAUAAAAAGGAUGAGAAGAAAGAGCAACCUUUAGAAAAUGAGUUCCAAGAUUUGAGUAUUGAGAAACCAAGCGAAGAUACUGCUUCCAAAGCAGAUGCUACAGAAGCUGCAGUGACAGAGAAGGCAGAGCCGGUAGAGGGGGAGGCAGAAGAUACAUCAGAGAAAGCUGAUGAUCUAGAAGCUUCGGCAAAGACUGGCUCAGCACAGGACGGCGAAGAAGAUCAAGAGGAGCAACUCGACGAAGAUGACGGAGCUGAUGAUACAAAUACCGAUGCGGAAGCAGAGACCAAACCUUUGAGCAAGUCACAGAAAAAGAGACAAAAGAAAAAGGGUAAGAAGUAG